GUGACCAGGAGUCAAAACAAAAAUCUUCUGGAAAGUCCUCUUGAUUUUUUAAAGCAAGCUAACCAGCUAAAGCACGUAGCCCCCGACAACGUGAGCAAAGGUGGUUCCAAGUGAUAUCCAUGACAGUUUAAAUAGCUUCAAAGUAAAUCCGUGCGAUUCAUUUCAUUAUGGAGUUCUCUCAAAAGUUCCACUCUUUCUACAACUUGUUUUGGUCCGUUUUCGUGGCAUAGCUGGGAAGCUAACGCUGUCUAGUAAUAUCUAGCUAGCUAGCUUAGCUUAGCACUCCCCAACAAAACAGCCCAGCCUCCACUGAGUCUCGUCGGACGGCAGAAGUCUAACUUUACUCGCAGAUUUCUUUGGCAGCAACACCUCCAACAUGUCUAUCCUAGGGUUAAAGAAGAAACAGCCAAAGACUUUUAAAGUCAAAGUCAUCACCAUGGAUGCUGAAAUGGAGUUCAGCUGUGAGGUGAAGUGGAAAGGUAAAGACCUGUUUGACCUGGUGUGUCGCACUGUUGGUUUGAGGGAGACUUGGUUUUUCGGACUCAGGUACACAGUAAAGGACACCUACGCCUGGCUGAAACCAGAGAAGCGGGUCUUGGACCAAGAGGUUCCAAAGGACUCUCCCAUAACAUUUCAUUUCCUGGCAAAAUUCUUCCCAGAAAAAGUAGAAGAAGAGCUGGUUCAAGAGAUAACUCAGCACCUCUUCUUCUUGCAGGUGAAAAAACAGAUAUUAGAUGAAGAGAUAUUCUGUUCCCCUGAAGCAUCUGUCCUGUUGGCAUCGUACGCUGUCCAGGCCAAGUAUGGGGACUAUGACCCAAACUUUCACAAGCCAGGCUUCCUGGCACAAGACGAGCUUUUGCCAAAAAGAGUUUUGAUGCAGUACCAAAUGACAGCUGACAUGUGGGAGGAGAAGAUCACAGCUUGGUAUGCAGAACACAGAGGCAUCGCCAGGGAUGAGGCUGAGAUGGAAUACCUAAAAAUCGCUCAGGACCUUGAGAUGUACGGUGUCAGCUACUUUGCCAUAACUCAAAAUAAGAGGGACACAGACCUCUUACUGGGAGUGGAUGCUCAGGGUCUUCACAUCUACAGUCCUAACAGCAAACUCAACCCUAACAAAUCCUUUCCUUGGAGUGGCAUCCGCAACAUCUCUUACAGCGAAAAGGAGUUCACAAUCAAACCCCUGGAUAAGAAGAAAGAUGUUUUCAAGUUCUACUCGUCUCAGCUGCGUGUCAACAAACUGAUCCUGCAGUUGUGCAUCGGUAACCAUGAUCUAUUCAUGAGGCGGAGGAAGGUGGACUCCAUUGAAGUGCAACAGAUGAAGGCUCAAGCAAAAGAGGAGAAGGCCCGCAAGAAGAUGGAGCGUCAAAUCCUGGCACGGGAAAAACAGAUGAGAGAGGAAGCAGAACGGGCAAAAGAGGAGAUGGAACGUAGACUUUUCCAGCUGCAGGAUGAGGCACGACUGGCCAACGAGGCUCUGCUGCGAUCUGAGGAGACAGCGGACCUGCUGGCAGAGAAGGCCCAAAUUGCUGAGGAGGAGGCCAAGCUGUUGGCCCACAAGGCUGCAGAAGCGGAGCAGGACAGGCAGAGGUUAGAGGUCACCGCCAUGAAGACCAAGGAGGAGAAAAGACUGAUGGAGCAGAAGAUGAGGGAGGCAGAGCAGCUGGCUGUCAAACUGGUGGAGCAGUCAGAAAGGAGGUUGAAGGAGGCAGAUCAUCUGAAACAGGACCUGACUGAGGCAAAGGACGCUGAGCGGAGAGCCAAACAGAAGCUGCUGGAGAUCACCAAAACAACAUACCCUCUCAUAGCAGCCUACUCUACUCCUGCUCCCCCCGCUCCUCCUGAAGCAGCCGACUUUGCCUAUGAAUCGGCGUCAACGCGCCUCGACUUCAAGGACUCUGACAUGAAGAGGCUGUCCAUGGAGAUCGAGAGAGAGAGGCUGGAGUACAUGGAGAAGAGUAAACACCUGCAGGACCAGCUGAAGGAACUGAAGACAGAGAUCGAGUCUCUGAAGCUGGAGGAGCAGCAGCAACAGGCUGGCCUCUACAGCCUCCGCAAUGAGGCAAGGGGAUACAUCCAGGAGCCUGUCUACAUACCUCACAGCAACCGAAACUCUGCGUACAUGUCUCAGAUGGCCUUCUUUGAAGAAGUGUGAUCCUGCGAGAUGAGGAAGGAGGGCACCGGCUGUUGUGACUCAGUGCUUUCUCCAAAUGUUGGGUUAAUUUUUUUACCUGGCUGAAACUAACAAACAGACACUCACAUACACCACGACUGUGUGCUUUGGAAAGACUUUAAAUCAAUCCUCGACAACAAACAGCCACUUUGGGCUCCCUGCACAGGUUGUUACGCUAGAUUGUACCACCUGCUACACUACAGCGCCUUCCGCAUUUCUUUUUAUAUAUAAUGAACACAUUAAUGUGUGUAUCUAACACAGAUGCAGGACAUGGUGCUGAAAAUGGAUGUAUGAUGGAGUUGCUGAUGUUUUUGUGUGUGUGUGUGUGUGUGUGUGUGUGUGUGUGUGUGUGUGUGCGCGUGUGUGUGUGUGUGUGUUUGUGGUUUUAAGGGAUACUUAGCUGUAAGGUGGUCUGAUUUAAGUUCAUAACUUAAUCACAAGUUAUAAAUGAGUGCCUUGACAACUUUUUGGGAUAGGGAUCGGGGUUCAGAUUUAUCAAAAACCGGCUUUAGGCAAGGUUCCUGCUUCGCAUGUAAUUAAGUAAAUUAUCUUAUUCAGGCUGGGGAAUUUCUGAAAAGUUAAACAUAUCAGUAUAGAUUUUGUAGAUAUGGUCAUUUUCUUUCAAAUCAGCAAAGUGCCUCUCAAAUUUUUGAAAACAGAAUGUCAAAGAAAUCCAAAUGCUCAAAUUUCUGAUUAUACUUUGACCAAACUAUCGUAGCUUUGAACGCUAAAAUUCCACUUAAGACAACUCUUGAUUAGUGAUAUGUAAUAUGAGGAUUAACAUUGUGAUCUUGUGCAUAAAACUAAUUUAUAAAAGUAGUAAUUGCAACUCACAGAAAAGUCCAAAUUUGACAAGCAGACAUGUGCAGGGACAGUGUCUAGAUGUGACACUCCAUAAAAAAAUGCAGUGUUUAAUCUUUGUUUUGGUCUUUUGCUUGUGAUUGUUUGCUGUUUCUGUUACUUGGUUCAUGAACUGCCUUCACUGAUAACAGCAGUCUGGUGUCUUCAUCGUCCCUAGUGCCUCAUGGUGGUAGUUAAUAGAAAUGUAGAAUACAGUUACAAGCUUGAGCUCUGCCAUUUCAGAUUUUUAUAUUUUGUACGCUAGACUGUUGAUGUGCCUUGGACUUUAUUUUUUACUAUUGUGAUCUGAGUUGCUAAGGUUUUAUUUGGUAUUGUUGUACUCAUGUGUCUUAGCAGUAGUAUGGGGUCAUACCCUGACCUAUUUACAGAGUAGCAGACUGAUGGCUUUCCUGCUUCCUUUUUUGUGUUUUCUCUGCUCAUGUACUUCUCAGGGUUAGUGUUGGAGACAAUCACUGCAGGUAGACUCUUUUGUUCUUCCCCUGAGAUAAACAGUAUCUUUUAAUGUUUACCUUUUUGAACAGGCUAUUUUCAGUUAACUUAGUCCAGUAGUAUUUCACAGAGUUUUUGACAGCAGUGUGUGUGCUGCAUUUCACAGAUAAAAAGGUAGGUAAUCUGAGUAAACCUUUAAUCGACUACAUUCCUCAUUACAUUCUUAAAAAGGGAGAGGCUGGAUGCCAAAUAUACAGCCGGAGAUUCUGCAUGUUUGUUUAUUUGGACCGGCCUGUGACAAACAAUGGUUGCCCUCAUGAUUGGGUUAUAAAUGAGAAAUGCUCACCUUGGUCUUUUCUAAAUGAUAUUGUGUCAAAUGGCCCAGUGGAAGUGUUUUUUUUGGGUUUUUUUUCAUCAACACAUUGCUUAAGUGCUUCGAUUUGCAUCUUUAACUUUAUUUAUUUGUGCUAUAAAUCCUUAAAUAACAUCACCAUGCCUGUUUUCUUGAGCUCUGUCAUUGUGUGGGAAUUUCAUGUUCUUUUUGUUUUUCAGAAAUGGGAUUUUCCUGCCAAAUUCGAGUCCAGUGUAAACAGUGAUUUUCACUCAGAACAUGAUUGUACAUUAGGGGACGCCUUGGGUUUACGUUGAAGUGACAAAAAUACUACAAUUUCACAUCGAAGUUGUGUCAAUGAUUUAUUUGGUUUAUCAAGUUAUAUCAGUUCAUUACAACAGUGUAUGUGCAGACAUAAAUGAGCUGUCUCACAGAUGAUUUAUUUUUUGCUUCCUCAUGUGUCAAUAAAACCAGUCGUCUUAACUACA